AUGUCAACGAAUUCACAACCACCUCUAUCUGAUUAUAUUGAGCCUGACAUUCCAAUAGUUCCGGAUGUAGCUGAACCUAUUCUCCCAACCACAACAGAGCCAAGGCGUUCUCAGCCGGGCUCUACUGAACCAGGCUUCUUUCAAAAUUUGUACCAUACGGUGAUUCAAUCGUCACAUCCUUUUGCAUUGCUGACUUAUGUCUUUUUUCGGGUGAGCCCCAUUAUCAUUUAUAUGAUUGGAUAUACGCUGUUCGGGCAUAAUUUCAUUUUUCAGUUCAUUGUUACAAUUCUGCUUUUGAGCGCUGAUUUUUGGAAUGUAAAGAAUUUAAGUGGACGCUUGAUGGUUGGUUUAAGGUGGUGGAGUGAGACAAAUGAGCUAGGAGAGUCAAUUUGGACGUUCGAAUCCGCUGAUGCUGAAAGAUAUGUUAAUCCAAUUGAUUACAAGGUGUUUUGGAUGAUGUUAUAUGCAACACCAGCAUUUUGGAUUUUUCUGGCACUAUUGGCAUUUUUGAAACUUCAAUUUUUGUACCUAACUCUUGUCAUCCUAGCUGUUACCCUUAGUGCGACCAAUGCUCUAGCUUACACCAAAUGCGAUAAGUUUUUUAAGGCAGAGACCUCCAGUUUAGGUUUUUUUGGCACGAUGUUGCAAAAAAUCAAUCCUUUUGAUAUCUAA